AUGCUUCUUGAGUAGUUUGAAAACAAAGAAGUUUGAUUAGAACUUGAUGCAUAAUGGUAUUUUAAACAUACCAUUUAUGCCCUUUUAUUUCACAAUUACUCUUUUAUCCUCUUCUUUUCCUUAUUUCUCUUCUUUGUCCUUUUUGUUUACUACUUAUUGAUUAAACCCUAGCUUUAAGUUUGGUUUUGUUUAUUAUUGAUUAAACCUUAGCUUUAAGUUUGGUUUUGUUUAGAAAAGUGAUGUAAGAACCCUAAAUCCUUCCUAAGAGAAGAGCCUCCAACACUUUGUUAUUUCCAAUUGGUAAUUGGGUAGAAAUUUCAAUUUGCAAGAGAUGCAUCUAUUAUCUUCUAGUUUCCAAUAUUAGAAUUGGGUAGAAAUUUGAAGAUUGUUAGAGAAGAACCUUCAAUCUUUGUAUCUUCCUUGUUCCAAGGGUAGAAGAAGCAUCAUUUGAAGGUUGGUUAUCUUUAUUUCAUGGUGUUUUUUUAUAAUUUAAUAUCCAAUUUCAAUUAUAAAUGUUACUUUACAUUAGUUGGUAUCAAGAGCUUUGGUUAGAUUUUUUUGGGGAAGGUUUGGUAAAGAUAUUAAUUGUGAAACUUAUUAUAGGUUUCUUAAUUGUUAGUAGAGACUACUUACAUCAUCGUCAAGUAUGUUGGGUUGUGUUUCUUUUUCUUGGUAGUUUUCUUAAAUUGGGUAUUUCAAUCUUAUGGUGUUUUAUUAUCAUAUCAAAAAGAAGAAUGAAAAUGGAUGGGGAAAUAAAUGUAAGAAAAGUUUAAGUGGUGGGAUUGUUGAAUAAAAUGAGAUGUGAGAUGUUUGAUGAAAUGCAUCAAUUAGUAGAAGAGAAAUUUAAGAAGUUGGAAUGUCUUUACGUGGAUUCAUUUGAACUUCCUAAUGACUAUGGAGAUGAAGUGGGGCUAAAAAGGUCAACUUCCAUUAGUGGGUAUGAGCAUCAAGAUGUUGCCCACAAGAUGUUUGAUAAAUUUCUCAACCAAUGUUUGAUAGUUUUUCAAGUUAUGGGGAAGGUGAUAUUGGUAAUGGUGUUGCCCACAUGGUAUUUGAUAAAAUGUCUCCACCAAAAUUUGAUAGUUUUUCAAGUUUUGAGGAAGGUGAGAUUGGUAAUGAUGUUUACUUUGAUUCUACGUCGCCACCCAUAUUUGAUGAAGAACCUAGUGAAGAAAGAGAAGAAGAAUUUAUCACCGGUUAUCAAAUACAAAGAUUGGGUGUCGUAAACAAAUACUCCAUGCUUGAACUUAACAAUAGUGAUCGAGGGACAAGGCAUGACGCAUUCCAAACCACUUAUAGCAUGGGAAGAAAGGUAAGCAAGCUUGUUAAUGAUUCUGAUAGUUAUGUUUAUGUCGUAUCCGAAAAUAUCAUUAAAGAGAUGAAAUUUGAAACAAAAGUUCACCCACCAACAAGCUCUUUAUCAAGUAUUAGCAAAGAAAAUGAGAAAUUAACUUAUGUUGAUCCAACUUGGGCUUCCUUUGAGGACAAGUAUAAUAACGCUAGUCACCGUUCAAAGUUGGAAAAACUACUUGGUGGUUCUUUGCUUCUUGGGUAUGCAAUUGACUAUUACCACAAGAGACUAGACUUGGUGAAUAACUAUAAAGGAAAAAAUCGAGGUCGAGUGGUUUCCAAUAAGGGAAGAAGUUCAACCACUAGUGAGUUCAUUUUAUUUUUGGAGAAUUUGAAGACAUGUGAUCAAGUUUUAUGCAAGGAGGAAUUUGCUUACAACCAUGCACUAGAGUAGUGGUUAUUCAUCAUUCAUGGUGGUGUACGGGUUCAAUCCAAGAGUACCACUUGACUUGUCUUUAGUACCGGAUUUGAAAAUGGCAAGUGCUAAGGCGGAAGACUUUGUUUCUCAACUCCACCUUAUACAUGAAAGCACCCAAAAGCAUAUAGAAGCUUUAUCAAGGAAAUACAAGAACAUGGUUGAUCAACGACGACGCGUGGUUGAGUUUGAAGUAGGAGAUCUUGUUUAUGCAGUUCUUACUAAAGAACGGUUUCUCGUGGGUGAGUACAACAAGCUUAAGGCAAGGAAGAUUGGACCAUUUCCAAUUGGAUAAAAGAUAAAUGAUAAUGCUUAUCAACUCAACUUACCAAGCUCAAUUCAUAUGCCCGACGUCUUUAAUGUUAAGCAUUUAGUUCCAUAUUGGGGCGACAAUGCUAUGGAUGAAGAGAUGGACAAUUCAAGGGCGAAUUUCACUUAAGGAGGGAAGGAUGAUGCAUAAUGACUUGGCUCAUGUCAACAGUCGAUGCAAGUCUGCAGAAGGUGGCACGGAUUAUUUUGCAAGUGCAGCUGGACACGAAGCAGGUUUUGAGAUAGAAGGGAGACUAACUAGGUUUUGCAAGUGCAGUGGGACACCAUCUACUGAAAGUCUAGCUUUGGUCAGACAAGAAGAUGGUGCAACGCCAUCAACUGCAUCACCUGUUGUUGCGGUUGACAACGAAAAUGAAAUCGUCCAUGUCAGCAACAGUGACGGAUAAAAUCAAGGAGACUGCUCGGAACAUACUUAUAGUUUGUAACUAGAUGCAAAUUAGAGAUUUUAUUUAUUUUCAAAGAUCACUUGGCUUGAAUUUUCAAGUAGUUGCUGCAAAGUGUAUUUUGCUUAGCAACUUAUUUUGAUCCCCAGAACUAUUUUGGUAGUAUAUAAAAGUGCAUGACCCUAAG